UCUCUUCCUCUAUGUCUCAUCUGUUUCUUGGUUCCUGUUUGGAAAGUAAUUAAUUCAUUUUUGCAGUUUUUCUGCAAUUUCUUUGUCUCAAGAUUACAUUCUUGCAACCUCGGAUUUCUGCUCUUGAUCAUCAGUUCGAUGAAAGAAAGAAUGCCGAAUUCAUCAGCAUUGAUGAAACAAGAAUUCCUGAAGAAAUGGAUAAAGGGUCUGCAAAUAUACAGCAGCUUCAAGAAGGAAAUGACGAUUUUCGAAAGAAAAAAGGCCAUCAAAUUGUCAGCAGAUGUGGCCAUUGCUUCGACCAGAAACGCCUCGACUCACUGGAGCCGGGCCCUGAUGUCCGAUGUUUCCACAGACGACGCCAACCACGCUGCCAAAAUCGUCGUCGCACAAAUAUCAGGCCGAAAGGUAGAGAAGUACAGCAGCAGCAAAGGGUUGAUGAUGACAUGCAGCAACAAGAUUCUGAGAAGAAGCCGUGUGGCGAGUCGUUGUCGGAGAACUAGGGGUGUAGGUACAAGUGUUAAAGCGCGUUCCAUUGCAAGGAAGGUGGUGAAGAACAGAACCCGAGUGCUUAAAAGUCUUGUACCUGGUGGGCAAGAAAUGGAUGGGGUUUGUCUGAUUAAGGAAACCCUAGACUACAUAGCUUCUCUCCGAGUUCAGGUUGAUGUAAUGAGACAUCUUGCUGCUGCUGCUGAGCGUUUGGACCCUCCACAAAGGUCGAUUUUGUAAUUAUUAAUUUUCAAUAUAUAAUUAUUUAUUUCA